AUGAAGCUGAACGUCUCCUACCCGGCAACGGGAUGUCAGAAGUUAUUCGAAGUUGUAGAUGAGCAUAAGCUUCGUAUCUUUUAUGAAAAGCGCAUGGGCGCAGAAGUUGAAGCCGACCAGCUAGGCGAUGAAUGGAAAGGUUAUAUUCUUCGUGUCGCUGGUGGCAACGACAAACAGGGUUUCCCUAUGAAACAGGGAGUUCUGACCAACAGUCGAGUCCGCUUGUUGAUGUCAAAGGGCCACUCUUGCUACAGACCACGUCGUGAUGGUGAGAGGAAGCGUAAGUCAGUCCGCGGAUGCAUUGUGGAUGCCAACUUGUCUGUACUCGCCCUUGUCAUUGUCCGCAAAGGAGCCCAGGAAAUUCCUGGACUUACCGAUGGCAAUGUACCACGUCGUCUGGGACCUAAACGUGCGUCCAAAAUCCGUAAACUGUUCAACUUGACCAAACAGGAUGAUGUCCGUCGUUACGUCGUAAAACGCCUUCUGCCUGCUAAGGAGGGCAAGGAGAAUGCUAAACCCAGAUAUAAGGCCCCCAAGAUCCAAAGGCUGGUUACCCCAGUAGUAUUGCAACGCAGACGCCACAGAUUGGCACUCAAGAAGAAGCGUCUCGCCAAACGCAAGACUUCCGAGGCUGAAUAUGCUAAGUUGCUUGCGCAAAGAAAGAAGGAAUCUAAGGUGCGUCGCCAAGAAGAAAUCAAACGCAGGCGUUCAGCUUCAAUGCGUGAUUCCAAGAGCUCAAAUCAGAGUGCGCCGCAAAAG